AAGCGCGCUGUGUUCCUUCAACUCUGUUGGCAGCUUGGCAGAUGUUUAAUGGCGACCGCUAGUGACGGGUCGCCUGCAUGACCUGUCAUCCACGAACUAUUUACCGUAGAACCUUAGGGCAUUUGUUUACGUAAAUAUGACGGGCAUAUUACCAUCGUACCAGCGCUUUGUUAACGGAGUUCCAGUGCCGUCCAUAUCUCGGCGGUCGUUCCGCCUUCGGGAGAAAUAUUUGAUUGUUUCUGUACUUUUGACAUUCGGAAUCGUGUGGCUAGGAGCGCUGUUCUAUUUGCCGGAAUUCAAAAGUUCCACGAGUGUUAACGAUAGUGUGUAUAAUGUGUACAAACGUAUUCAGAAAGCGGGGCCGGAGCUGCUGAUGCCGCCUCCGCUGGCGCAGAAUGAGUUGGGAGACUUUCCUGCGGCUGCUCACCACGGGGAGUCGGACGGGGAGGAUCCUCACGUGGCUGAGGACAGGAACCGUCUACGUGCUAAGAUAGAGGAGGAUAUGGGCAUGAAAGUGCUGGAGAGGCCUCAGUUUGAGGCUGUGCCAUCGGCCUCCUCAUCUAAAGGCACAAGUAAGAGGCCUGUGGAUGCUCUUGAGGAGCCCGCUGCAGGAAAUAAUGCUGCCAGCAAAAAUGUGUCCCCGUCUGAGCCUAAAUUGGAAGGCUCUGAGAACCAGUAUGCAGUUGUGGCGCUGAGUUCAAAUGCUGAUCCGGACAUCAAGCAUAAACUAGGAGUUGUUAAAGAGAUGAUGCGACACGCGUGGAACAACUACAAGCUCUACGCGUGGGGCAAAAACGAGCUGAAGCCGAUCUCAAAACGCGCGCACCUCUCCAGCGUGUUUGGGAACGGCGAGCUAGGCGCCACCAUCGUCGACGGACUCGACACGCUGUACCUCAUGGGGCUGAGAGACGAGUUCCGGGAGGGCCGCGAGUGGGUUGCGGAACAUCUACAUAUUGGAGAUGUCGAUUCCGAUCUGUCGGUGUUCGAGACGAACAUCCGCUUCGUCGGCGGGCUGUUGUCCUGCUACUCAUUAACUGGCGACAGCCUCUUCAAGGAUAAAGCUGUAGAGGUCGCCGACGCGCUGUUGCCAGCUUUCGAGACCCCUACCGGCCUGCCGUAUGCUCUCAUCAAUCCCGCCACGAAGGCGAGCCGGCAGUACCACUGGGCGGGACCCAACAGUAUUCUGUCAGAGAUCGGCACCCUCGAUCUUGAAUUCAAGUAUUUGAGCGACGUCACGGGGAAAGAUGUGUACAGAAAAAAGGUGGAGCGCAUCCGGGACGCGCUAAACAACAUCGAGAAGCCGAGUGGCCUGUAUCCUAAUUUCAUCAACCCUCGCACCGGACAGUGGGGCCAGAGGCACAUGUCCCUGGGAGCGCUCGGCGACUCCUUCUACGAGUACCUCCUGAAGGCGUGGCUGAUGUCUGGACAGACGGACGAGCAGGCCCGCGCCAUGUUCGACGAAGCUAUGCCAGCUGCCUUGGACAAGAUGCUGCGGGUGUCACCUUCUGGGCUCUCGUAUCUCGCUGAGAUGAAGUAUGGAAGAAUAUUGGAAGAGAAGAUGGAUCACUUGUCGUGCUUUGCAGGUGGCAUGUUCGGACUGGCUUCCACGACAUUGGAAAACACGUUAUCAGAACGGUACAUGGACGUGGCCAAGAAGCUGACACACACCUGCCACGAGAGCUACGCGCGCUCCGAGACCAAAUUAGGCCCGGAGGCCUUCAGAUUUUCAGGUGCAGUUGAAGCUAGAGCGCAAAAGAGCAACGAGAAAGUAUACCUACUACGACCGGAGACCUUCGAGAGCUACUUCAUCAUGUGGCGCCUCACCAAAGACCAGAAAUACCGGGAUUGGGGUUGGGAGGCUGUGCAGGCGUUGGAGAAGCACUGCCGCGUGGAGGGCGGGUACACGGGUCUGGUGAACGUGUACCACAGCAAGCCGCAGGGCGACGACGUGCAACAGAGCUUCUUCCUCGCCGAGACGCUCAAGUACCUAUACCUGCUGUUCGCGGACGACUCGCUCGUGCCGCUGGAGGAGUGGGUGUUCAACACGGAGGCGCACCCGCUACCCGUCCGGAACAAGAACCCGCUGUACCGCCCCGCGCACCCCGCCGACGCCAGCAUAGACAACCAACUCUAAACUACCAUACCUAUUAGGUUGGCUAGUCUACGGUUGAAAAAUCUCAAUAACUGGGAUUUUGUUCUGAGAUAAACGAGUGACAUUUUAAUGGCAAUAUGGGACUUUCA